GUUUUACGAUACGGGGCUGGCAUGGUGUAAACAUAUAAUUUGAAGAGCAGUACAUCAAUUAAACAUGAAACUGUAUUGUUUAUCGGGUCACCCCACGCUGCCCUGCAAUGUCCUUAAGUUCAAAUCCACCACCAUCAUGCUGGACUGUGGGCUGGACACAACUUCCGCCCUGCAUUUCCUGCCGCUUCCUUUGGUGCAUAGUCCAAGGUUAUCAAAACUUCCCGGAUGGGUUUCUAAAGAUGGCACCAUUAACCUGGAAAAGGAGCUGAAGGAGUGUGCAGGCCGAGUAUUUGUGGAUUCUCUGCCUGAGUUCUGUCUCCCAGAGAGAGAGCUGCUGGACCUGUCCACCAUCGAUGUCAUCCUCAUCUCCAAUUACCACUGCAUGAUGGCGUUGCCCUACAUCACCGAGCACACGGGCUUCACCGGGACUGUGUACGCCACGGAGCCCACGCUGCAGAUUGGCAGGCUGCUGAUGGAGGAGUUGGUCAACUUCAUGGAGAGGGUACCUAAGGCACAGUCUGCCACCUGCUGGAAGAACAAGGAAAUCCAACGGAUGCUCCCCGGACCUCUGAAGGAGGCAGUGGAGGUGUGGACCUGGAAGAAGUGCUACAGCAUGCAGGAGGUCAACUCCGCCCUCAGCAAGGUCCAGCUGGUGGGCUAUUCUCAGAAAGUGGAGCUUUUUGGUGCAGUCCAGGUCACACCCCUGAGCUCUGGCUACUCAUUGGGCAGCUCGAACUGGAUCAUCCAAUCGCAUUACGAGAAGGUGUCGUACGUCUCUGGCUCCUCUCUUCUCACGACACACCCUCAGCCCAUGGACCAGAGCUCCCUGAAGAACAGCGACGUCCUCAUCCUCACGGGCCUGACGCAGAUCCCCACCGCCAACCCGGACGGCAUGCUGGGAGAGUUCUGCAGCAACCUGGCCAUGACGAUCCGCGCCGGGGGCAACGUGCUGGUGCCCUGCUACUCCUCCGGGGUGAUCUACGACCUGCUGGAGUGCCUGUACCAGUUCAUCGACUCCGCCAACCUGGGGACCACGCCCUUCUACUUCAUCUCGCCCGUCGCCAACAGCUCCCUGGAGUUCUCGCAGAUCUUCGCCGAGUGGCUCUGUCAGAAUAAGCAGUCUAAGGUGUACCUUCCGGAGCCCCCCUUCCCACAUGCUGAGCUGAUCCAGACCAACAAGCUGAAGCACUACCCCAGCAUCCACGGCGACUUCAGCAACGAGUUCCGCCAGCCCUGCGUGGUCUUCACCGGCCACCCCUCCCUGCGCUUCGGGGACGUCGUGCACUUCAUGGAGCUGUGGGGCAGGUCCAGCCUCAACACCAUCAUCUUCACCGAGCCUGACUUCUCCUACCUGGACGCCCUGGCCCCCUACCAGCCCCUGGCCAUGAAGUGCGUGUACUGCCCCAUCGACACCCGCCUCAAUUUCCACCAGGUCUCCAAGCUUCUGAAGGAAGUCCAGCCUCUGCACGUGGUGUGCCCAGAGCAGUACACACAGCCGCCCCCCUCGCAGGCGCACCGCUCUGACCUGAUGCUGGAGCUGCAGCCACCGCCCAUGCCGUACCGCCGCUGCUCCGUGCUGGGCCUGCCCUUCCGCCGGCGCUACGAGCGCAUACAGCUGCUGCCCGAGCUGGCGAAAUCGCUCGUCCCCACCGAGAUCAAACCUGGCAUCUCCGUGGCAACUGUCUCCGCGGUGCUGCAGUCCAAGGACAACAAGCACGUGCUGCAGCCCGCCCCCAAACCCGCACCGGCCCCCCCGAGCAAGAAGCGGAAGCGCGUGGUGGAGGAGCCCCCCGAGCUGCUGACCCCCAAACCGCUUCUGAGCGGCGCCGUGCCCCUCGAGCCCUUCCUGGCAACGCUGCAGAAGCACGGGAUCACGGAGGUGAAGGUGGAGGACACGGCGGACGGUCACAUCCUGCACCUGCAGGCCGAGGACACGCUGAUCCAGCUGGAGGAGGACGGGACGCACAUCGUCUGCGACAACAACGAGCCGCUGCGCACCGCCCUGCGCGACCUGGUGCUCCGCUUCCUGCAGAAGCUCUGAACCUCCUCCUCCUCCCUCCGCCUCGCCCUCACCGCGACCCCAGCGCCACGGGCAACGCGCUGCUCUCCUCCUUGUCUGGACACGCAGCCAAGCCCAGCCGCCUGUCCCCCAGCAUCGCCUCAGAGCUAGCCCUGCGCAGUUCCACUGAUCUGCAUACGGUCAGGAUGGGAUAUGGUGGACACAGGCGAUUGCAUCACCCCAUCCAUUUGACAUACAGAUACGUGGAUCUGUACAGCGCCCGGUCUGAGGUGAUGUUGAUGGCCUCUCCCUCACGACCCUGACUCCUGUUUCCUGUGAGGGGCGGACAGGUGCAGAGGGGGACUUGGGUGACAUUCAGGUGUUUCGCAGCCAGCGAGUCCGAAGACCUUGCCCCCCAAAUGGGCCUGACACGCCUGCCAGUUUCAAAUUUGUACUUCUCAGUUCAUUCAGAAAAAGGGUCAGGUUUUUGGUAUGUUUUUAGUGAGAAUGUAUGAAAACAUUGAGGUUUCAGAGGGAAUGAAUUUUUGUAGUGCUGUAAUUAUGUAUGUUUGGUCUCAU